UUAUAUCCGACUCGAUAGCGCAACUAGUUCACUGAUUCCGGUUUGUUAGCACAGCCACGAAACACUAAACAGAAUCAUCCCUGAAUCGCUCGCCGCGUUAGUUAGUCUGUGGCCACACCAUCACCACCAGCACACCAUCACCACCAAACACCAUCACCGCCAAACACCAUGGCCUCCAAAAUCACCCUCUCCAACCCCACCAUCCCGCGGGGCUCACUGAUCCUCGUGACGGGCGCCAACGGGCUGAUCGCGUCGCACGCCGCCGACCAGCUGCUGGCCGCCGGCUACCGGGUGCGCGGCGCCGUCCGCAGCGCCGCCAAGAGCAGCUACCUGACCGAACUCUUCACGGCACGGCACGGCCAGCGCCCCCAACCCUCCCCACUCUUCGAGCUGGUAGAGGUCCCCGACGUGGCGGUGCCGGGGGCGUGGGACACGGCGGUGCGCGGCGUGGCGGGGAUCGCGCACGUGGUCGGCGCCGUCGAGAUGGCGCCGCAGGACGCGGACGCGGCCGCAGCGGCGGAGCUGAAGUGGCAGGUGGCGCUGCUGGAGGCGGCGGCGCGCGAGGCUUCGGUGAAAUCGUUUGCGCUGACGGCGUCGGCGUGGGCCGCGUGGACGCCCGACGCGGCCCGGCGCGGCGUGGUGCUGGGCGCGGACAGCUGGAACGACGAGGCCGUGGCGCUGGCGCGCGACGCGGCCGUCCCGCCGCAGGCCAAGGGCAUGGCCGGGUUCAUGGCGGUCAAGACACUGGUGGAGCGCGGCGUGUGGGAGUGGGUGCGACGCACGAGGCCGGCCUUUGCCUUUAAUACGCUGCUACUUGAUACCGUCAUCGGCGAGGUGCUAGACCCGCGCCACCAGGGCAUCCCGUCGACGGCCGGCAUGGUGCACUGGGUGUGGGAGGGCAAGCACGCCGCCGUUCUGGAUUCCAUGGCGCCGCAGUGGCACGUCGACUGUCGCGACGCGGGGCGGCUGUUCGUAGCGGUGCUGGCGUCGUCGCCGCGCGUGGAUAGGGAGCGCGUCUUUGUGUUUGGCGCACGGUACAGCUGGCGGAGGGUCUGGGAGAUCCUGCGCACGCUGUACCCGGAGCACGAGAUGAGGGCGCCCAAGGAGACCGGGUGGGACCAGACCGAGGUGCCGAAUCAGCGCGGCGAGGAACUGCUCAGUUGGGUCGGGCAGACGAGCGGCUGGACGACCUUGGAAGAGAGCGUGAAGAUGAAUGCAGCGAGCUGGCUGCAGCUGGACAGCCCCGUUGCGGCCGACGAGAAAUAUGUACAACUAAGCGGGAGCUAGGGAAGAGGUGUUGCUAUUGCGUGUGCGACAGCAAGACAACAUUGGAUGGCAUGUACUGUCGACGGAAAAGGAUAGGAGUGCGAAUUAUUAUUAUAUUAGUUUUUAUAUGUCAAGGCAUGAGUGGCAAGCAGGACGCUGCGUGCUACCUGCGCGCCGGGCACGAGGCGCAAUACUUUUUGCAAAAGUCGCAAACCCUCUCUCCCUGCGAUAUGUAGUCCCCGCAAUCGCACGUACAGUUACAGGUGUCGACGGCAGGGUGGAUGUCGACGGCAAGGUGGAUGUCGACGACGUGGCGGGUGGGAUACAUGCCUAGCGUGAUAAAGUAAACUGCGAAAAUUAAAGAGGACCUGGUAAUGGCCUGAAGUUGGCCCUGGAAAACCAAGAGCUUGUGGUAAUAAAUGCGGUUGUAGUUGCUUCGGAGAGACCAAGGCACGGGCGGAAACCGAAAGACAAGUUAUAGGGAUAGCCGGCCAAAGGUCGGAG